AUGCCUGAUAUCUCCGCCGCAACAGUCGCCGCUACCUUCACGAGCACGUGGGUUUCUGGCUUCGGGCGCCCUCACCGCCUUACUGGGAUCUCGACGCAUACGGACCACUUCCUACCAUCCGGCGUCAAACGGCAUGGUGGAAAGAUUCCAUCGCCAUCUCAAAGCCGCCCUCAAGGCACACCCCACCCCCACCUCUUGGACGGAAGUUCUUCCUGUCAUCCUGCUCGGCCUCCGUUCAGUCUUCAAGCCGGACUUGGGGUGCACCUAGCAGAGCUCGUUUUCGGGACAACUCUGCGACUACCUGGAGAAUUCCUCGCGUCCCCCAAGGCUGCUCUCCCGCCAGAUCCAGCAAACUACGUUUCCUGGCUCAAAGACCAGCUUCGUCCAGCACCCCCUCGUCAACCAUCUUUGUCCAGGCUUUACGUGCACGACGACCUGGAGACGUGCACACACGUUUUCGUACGCGUCGACGCUGUCCGAAAGCCACUACAGCCCCCUUAUACUGGUCCCUAUCAAGUCGUCAGCCACACUUCCAAGUUCUUCUUCCUCAUCAUCAACGGCAAGCAAAAGCAAGUGUCCAUCGACCGAUUAAAGCCUGCAUACAUUGAGGCUGCUGCUGCUGACCUCACGGCUGCUCUAAUCUCCACCCCUCACUCCGUUUACCAGCCUGCCGCUCCCCGUUCAACAUAA